CUCCCCCUCACGCUAUCUCGAUUUCCCUCCCCAUCCUUCUCUGGUUUUACACUUUUACAUUUCGCUUUUUUGUUCAUCUUCUGGCUCUGUUAUUCAGGACUGUUCUUCGAAUUCCUCAGCUUUGUUGUGUCGCAGUUCGAUUUGGGAUCUAAAUCAGACUGAAAAGCUGAACAUGAGAUCUGGUUUGGUAUAUGGAUUAUGAACUAAUCUAGAGCAGCGAUACAUAUGAUGAUCUGCCUCAAUCACAAUAUGAUAGAGCUCCCACAAGAAGCAUUGUUUCUCUAAAUGGAUGGUCAAAUCUAACUUCAUCUAUAUACCAAAGCAUGUAUAACAAUAUGGAAGCACAAAUCCAUACCCUUGAACAAGAAGCAUAUGGUGCAGUGCUACGAGCUUUUAAAGCGCAGUCAGAUGCCCUAACAUGGGAGAAGGAAGGUUUAAUAACAGAACUCAGGAAGGAGCUGAGAGUAUCAGACGAUGAACACAGGGAUCUACUGGCAAAAGUCAAUGCGGAUGACCUUAUACAGAAGAUUAGGGAGUGGAGAAAGGUUCGUGGAAACCAACAUGUUGUCGAACAACUUCCCACUAAUACACUUUCAGGAUCCCGAAAAAGGCAGAAAACCUCUCAACCAAUGCAUCUACCUUUUGGUGUUCAGCCAACUCGCCCAUUAACUCAAGUAGAAGAAUUGGUGCCACCAGCUGUACCUGGAGGCCUGAAUCAUAAACUUGUUGCUGGUCGUGAUUCUUCUAACACUACAAGAUCCCGAGACUUAUUUUUUGGGAGAAGAAUUAUGACUAGAUGGCCAGAAGACACCAAUUUCUAUGAGGCUGUCAUACGCGACUACAACCCCGUAGAUGGACGCCAUGCUUUGGUCUAUGAUUUCAAUACUGCAAAUGAAACAUGGGAAUGGGUUGAUCUUAAAGAGAUUCCACCUGAUGAUAUUCGAUGGAUAGGUGAUGAUCCAGGUAUAUCUCGUGGAGGAGGUAGUGGCCAAGGUACCGUGCUAAGUCUCCGAAGGGAUGAAGGUGUCUCAAGUGACCAAUACCGUAAGGAAGUUCGGCCCCAACAGAAUGGUGGGCUUGUGCAGAAGGCAGCUAGUGAUGAAAUUGAAAUAUUGCACACAGAAACUUUGAUAAAAAAGGUAGAGAGAGUGAUGGAUGCUAAUCCUCCGAACCUCAUUGAGAUUCAGAAGGCCAAGAAGAUGCUGAAGGAUCAUGAACUAGCAUUGAUGGAAGUGCUUGCCAAGCUAGCUGAUGCAUGUGAUAGAGGAAAUGGUAUAUUAUAACCUUGUCCAUCCCUAGUUUAUCUUCCAUGUUUGACAUUGCACGGAGCUGAAGAAAAGAAAUUUAUUUGGUUGAUAUUUCUUUAGAAAAGAAAAAAGCAAUAUCAACCACAUCUAUUCCCAUUAAAGGUAGGGUGAUUAU